AUGUCCGGCGCCCUUCUUCCCCUCCGAGCCCGGCACUGCCUCGUCACCGGUGCCUACGGAGGCAUCGGCGCCGCAAUUGCUUCCCGCUUCGCCGCCGAGGGCGCCCUGGUAACCCUCCUCGGCCGCAAGGAGGACAAGCUGCGUGACCUCUGCGCUCAGCUCCCGCCCUUCCGAAAUGACCGCCUCGCCCCUCUGACCUCUUCUGCCUCCGCCUCAUCGUCGCCGUCCGAGGCUAAACCAGCCCAUUCCUACGCCGUCAUGGACGUUUCCGCUGACGCUCAUGAUGAGGCUGUCCUCGAUGAUAUCUGGAAACGUACGGGCCAGAUAGACGUCCUUGUCAACGCCGCGGGUAUUGCGCAAUUCCAGCUGUUGCAAAACACCUCACCACAGACCGCAAGAGAGCUCAUCGACACAAACCUCAUGGGCACAAUCUUCAUGUCCAGGUACAUGGCACAACGCAUGAAGCGCAGACGCGCAGACAGGGAUGGUAACCCCGCUAACCACGCGGUCCACUCUCCAGCAUGCAUUAUCAACGUUGCUAGCUUGCUGGCCGAAAAGGGCAGCCCUGGCACAAGUGUCUACGCCGCAUCAAAGGCCGGUAUCAUUGGCCUCACCCACGCCCUCUCCGUCGAGCUGGGGCCACUGCGUAUCAGGACCAACGCCAUCGUUCCUGGCUACAUAGAAACCAACAUGCUUGCCGCAAUGUCGAGGGAACCUCUCGAGAAGAGGAUCCCACUAGGUCGCUUGGGGCGGCCUGACGAGGUUGCCGAUGCCGCCGUCUUUCUUGCUCAAAACACAUACGCCAAUAACUGCAUCCUCAACUUGGAUGGCGGGCUCAGUGCUGUCUGA